AUGUCACCCCCACCCAUCACCCACGAUCAAUGCAAACAGCUACACGUUUUUUGUUUGUUUGUUUCUAUCAAUGAUUUCAUAUCUAUAUCAACAAGGUGUUUAUUGAAUAAGAUCUAUCUAUCUAUCUAUCUAUCUAUCUAUCUAUCUAUCUAUCUGUCUCAGUUCCGUAUCUAUCCCAGUCUCUUCAUUAUCUAUCUAUCUAUCUAUCUAUCUAUCUAUCUAUCUAUCUAUCUAUCUAUCUAUCUGUUUUAUUCAUAUCUAUCUAUCUAUCUAUCUAUCUAUCUAUCUAUCUAUCUAUCUUUAUUCACAUUUAUCUAUUUAUCUGUCUGCAUCAAUGUUAUCUAUUUGAACUUAUUCAUAUUUAUAUGUGUUAUUGAAGAAGAUCUAUCUCAAUUUAUGCAUAUCUAUCUAUCUAUCUAUCUAUCUAUCUAUCUAUCUAUCUAUCUAUCAAUUUCGUUUAGUUUAUCGUGGGUAGAUGUUCAAUUUUUCAACACACGAGGAAUGAAGCAGAAGGCAACCAUGACGAUGACGACAACUGCGAUAUUGAGAUGGAGAGAAGUACGAAAUAAUUUGGGCGGACGAACUAAGCGCCGGGCCUUGUCUAAUGCACUGUGCGAUGCUGAUUCAAUUCAGCGCUUGAAAAAUCUAUUCGUCCGCUUCUCUCAUUCGUAUGUUCCCUCAUUUCUUGGUCGGUCGGUUCUUUUAUCCCUCCUCGCCUACCGCCUGCCGCUUGUUCUGCUAUAG